UUAUCUCCCAAGUGGAAAUAUGACUAUUCCAUUUGCCAAACAACCAAGGAAAAAAUAGAAAAGAAAAGUUUGACAGAAAAUGCCAAAUGCAAUCCGAUUUCAAGUCCGCCCCUCAAACAUUUCCAGAGAGGUUGCCAGUGGCUCAGAAGCGCUCCUCUGCGGUGCUAUUUACGAUUAACCACGCCCAGGUGGCAAAGCUCGACCGUUGAUUCCCGAUUGGUCGUGGAUGGGCCAGUCAGCUUCGGCGGCCGCAAUCCCAAGUCGCCGUGAAAGCAACCGCGACAGCCAUCGCUCCAAGCCCAAAUCAACGGCUGCGAUCUGCCCCAUGGAGGCCGAGGACGAAUCUUCUGAGAUCGUCAACGCGGCCUAUGGCUUCAUCUCCGAUCUUCCGGACGAGUGCUUGGCUUGUAUAUUUCAGUCCCUCGGCUCCCGCGAUCGGAAACAAUGCUCUCUGGUCUGCCUUCGGUGGUUGAGGAUCGAGGGACAGAGCCGUCACCGUCUCUCCCUCGACGCCAAAUCAGAUCUCCUCCCUUUUAUCCCUUCCCUCUUCUCUCGCUUCGACGCCGUCACCAAACUCGCUCUCAAAUGUGACCGCAAAGUUGUUAGCAUCGGCGACGAAGCGCUCGCCCUCAUAUCUCUGCGCUGCCGUAACCUCACGCGCCUAAAGCUCCGCGCGUGCCGCGAGUUGACCGAUGCCGGCAUGUCGUCGUUCGCCAAAAAUUGCAAGGCCUUGAAGAAGCUGUCGUGCGGGUCGUGCACGUUCGGAGCUAAAGGAAUGAACGCAGUGCUUGACAAUUGCUCGGCUCUGGAAGAGUUAUCGGUGAAGCGGCUUCGCGGCAUCACGGACGGAGCCGCAGCCGAGCCGAUCGGGCCCGGCGUAGCUGCCUCGUCGCUCAAAACGAUUUGCCUCAAAGAGCUCUACAAUGGACAGUGCUUCGGUCCUCUCAUAAUGGGCGCGAAGAAUCUGAGGACUCUGAAGCUUUUCAGGUGCUCUGGCGAUUGGGACAAGCUUCUCCAGGUGAUAGCAGAGCGAGUCACCUCCAUGGUUGAGAUCCAUCUAGAAAAGCUUCAGGUCAGUGACGUUGGCCUCGCUGCCAUCUCCAAUUGUUUGGAUCUGGAGAUUCUACACCUGGUCAAGACCCCUGAGUGCACAAAUGUAGGUUUGGUCUCGGUCGCCCAACGCUGUAAGCUUCUACGGAAGCUUCACAUUGAUGGCUGGAAGGCCAACCGAGUCGGAGACGAAGGUUUGGUCGCGGUGGCCAUGAGCUGCCCUAACCUUCAGGAAUUGGUGCUCAUCGGUGUCAAUCCAACGAGAGUGAGCUUGGAGACUCUAGCUUCGAAUUGCCCAAACCUAGAGAGACUGGCAUUGUGCGGAAGCGACACCGUCGGCGAUGUCGAGAUUUCGUGCAUUGCGGCGAAAUGCGUAGCUUUGAAGAAGCUUUGCAUCAAGAGCUGCCCGGUUUCGGACAUCGGCCUCAAAGCGUUGGCCAGUGGGUGCCCUAAUAUGGUGAAAGUGAAGCUCAAGAAAUGCAGAGGAGUGACAGCGGAGGGUGCCGAUUGGUUGAGGGCAAGCAGGCCUGCGUUGGCUGUGAAUUUAGAUACAGGGGAAACAAUCCCAGACGCCAGUGCCAGUGACGGUGGGGCCAACGAUAAUAACGCCGUCGAAUUGCCGGUGGCGUUGGCCAUCCAACCGGUGUUUCUGGGUAUUGCGUCAUCGAGCAGUACGGGGCGGUCGACGACCUCGUUUAAGUCGAGAUUGGGACUAUUGACUGGGAGGAAUUUUGUGGUUUGCGCCCUGAGAAGGUGGUCAAGUCGGAAUAAUAGUUAGUGUUCUAUUGAACUAUACACAGAACAAGCUUCCUGGAGCCGUGUCCAUUGCUCAUUGCUCAUUGUUUUUUUUCCUGUAUUAUUUGGAUUCUGACUUUCUUAUGUACUUAAUUUGAUGCUGUGUGCUGUUUAUUGUCUUUUGUCAAUCCAAUCUUUCUUCCUCCUUUUGUUUUUU